UAGAUCUCAUAUUCCAUCAUCCUCGUUCUUUCUUCUCAAAAUGGCCAACACCACCACCAACAGCCUCAGCGACAGCUGCGAUCACAAGGAGUCGAGUCCUCUCUUGGACAAGAGCAUCGAAGAACAUAACAAGAAACCCACAACGAUUUCCGGCACCAAAGUUGCCGCAUCUCCUCCUAUGGAAAAGGAGAAAUCCGCAGCGCUGGAAUUGGGCCGCCCUGAAUAUGAGUGGACUGCUAACGGAUUGCCAUUGAAUCACGGUAGCGUUGUAGGUGAGCCCAUGGGUCGGGCUCAGUGGGACUCCAGUCUCUUCGCUUGUCUCGGUCGCAAUGAUGAAUUCUGUAGCAGCGAUCUUGAAGUUUGUCUUCUUGGAAGUGUUGCCCCUUGUGUGCUCUAUGGAAGCAACGCUGAGAGACUUGGAUCUAGUCCUGGAACCUUCGCCAAUCACUGCUUGCCUUACACUGGUCUAUACGUGAUUGGUAAUUCAUUGUUUGGUUGGAAUUUCCUUGCACCAUGGUUCUCAUAUCCUAGCCGCACAGCUAUUCGUCGAAGGUUUAACCUAGAGGGUAGCUGUGAAGCACUUAAUAGGUCAUGUGGUUGCUGUGGAAGCUGUGUGGAUGAUGAGCUGCAACGUGAGCAGUGUGAGUCAGCAUGUGAUUUUGCAACUCAUGUGUUCUGUCACCUGUGUGCGCUUUGCCAGGAAGGCCGUGAGAUCCGUCGCAGGGUGCCUCAUCCUGGGUUCAACGCUCAACCAGUCCUGGUUAUGAUCCCACCUGGGGAGCAAGCCAUGGCCCGUGGGGCCUAGAGUGCCUUUGCAUGUUAUAUCCUGUCUAUAUAUAUAUAUAUAUAUAUAUCAGUGUGACUAUAAAAUUUGUUAAAGCUUGUUUCAAUUUCUUGCAUUACAAUUAAACACUAUUUGGUUUGACCAAUAUAUUUCUAUAAAGCGUACGUGGAUAUGGUGUUCUCUUUCCUUA